AUGAAGAAUGUAUGCGAAGUCAAUGUUAUUUAUUUUAUUUCUGAUGAGGUUUUGGCGGAAUCGGGGAGACAAGCCCCCGGGAGGAAAGAAGCUUUAUAUAGAGCACCACCGCGAGUUUAUUUGUGUUAAUCUCGGCCCGUUUCUUUUUGUUUUUGGGCGGUGGGUGAGGUAUUUUUUAACUUUGUUCGGCCACAGAUAUCACGAAGCCCUCAGGGUCUCUUCGGCAAAUGUUACAGGGGCAGGCGUUUGAGAUGAGAACUGUCAGAGUACAUUCGUUUGACGAUAAUCGAAUGGCCUACUUGAUGGGGUUCGUUGUAAACACUCCAUUUAUACGGUAUUGUACGCAGUAAGAGGGUAUUGCGUUUAGAGAAACCUCCGUUCCCGGCCGUGCUAUUUGUAAAAUUGUUUGCUGGUAAAUGUAGUUCAUCCCGACGGCCUUUUAUUUCAUGUAGACGACAUAAUAGGGCGUGCGAUUAUGUUCGCUCCUUCAGCUCGAGAUGCAUGAAACGACGUUCUCGUAGCUUUAUUGCAAUGUUUUUGUAUCUGGGCAGGAAACGAAGAAAGAGCGUCUUCAUUAGCAUGGGCACUUCACAACUAUCCUUCCGGCCAGUCAUCCCCUUAAGUUAUUCAUGUCCACGCACUCUCGGCCUUCUAUCCAUGCACUCUUCAUUUAUCGGCGGCAUUUCAAUGCACAUUCCAUCUCUUUUUGCCGACUUCUCUUAUUUGGACAUGGGCCGUGUCGACUUUAAUUUAAAAGUCGGUUCGAACACUUUUGUUUCGAUUGGGUGACAUGUAUGCAUGACCUUAGAGCUGUACCUGCUUCCGGCUCUGAAACCCGUCUUUAAAUUGGUCCGUUUUUCGUGGUAUGAAGACGUUUGUUUUUUGGGGGUUGGAUCCCUUCGGCCGCUUUCCGGACGGCCCAAACGGAGGGAACUCCCAAAUUCAAUUUCGCACAUAGCCCAAAUCAGGUUGACAUUGAUUCGAGAGAGCAACGGGAAGUGAGUGAGGUCAAUUCGUUUCUCUCGGCUCCAGAAGUCCUUAUUUAGUUAUUCUAAAUAUAGGCUCUAAAUUAUCCGCGCCUUCUGAAUUUUCUAGGCCCUCAGGCAUUUGGCUUCCAAUGGUCACAUCUUAUUUAUCGAUUCACUGUGGUUGAGCUUUAAAUUAGAUGCCGGGCACCUGUCUCUGGCAAAGAGGGAGCCGUUUUGUUUUUAUAUUUAAUUAAACUCAUUCGAUACGCGAUUUCAAUUUUAAUGUUUAAAGAAAAAGAUAGAAAUUUGAUAGUCACCUAACUUAUUCAAUGUUUUUUUGUCUUUUUAGAUGUCAGGAACACCAGAAAGGGUUGAUGGAACAGUGCAAAGUUCUAAGUGCACCACCGGCCCUAAGAAGUUUACAAAAUUAGAAGUCAGUCCAAGAAGAAGGUCCCAUGAUGUUGCCAGUGCGUAUAUCACCAGACCUCAACCCAAAUCACAUCGCAGGGUAAGCAACACAACUUUUAUUUAAAAAAAAAAUUAACAUUUCAGGGAACGAUGCAUGUUUUACAAGCAUCCCGCAAUGGAUUUAACAAUAUUAGCUUCGGAUACGCCUCGAGUUCGCAGCCAGUUCGAGUAGAUACACGUGCCAGCGUAAGUGCUUCCGAAGAAGAAUCCUCGUACAGUGAAGAGCAGCCAAGCACGUCGAUCACGGAGUCAGAUCUCACAUUCCGUGAAGGAGAAUUUUUUGCUCGGAUGCCUGACAAAAGGAUCGUUCCAUUGUCCUGUGAAUGUCUGAGUGGCCGAGAAGCAGAUGUUUUCCUCGAGGCAUUGGGAGACAAAAAUCGAGAUAAAAUACAAAAGUUCUUGGAGAGAGAGGAGCCUAACAUCGGGGAGUACCAUAUAUGGGUUCGGAACGACGACACUAGUCAAGUAAGUGCAAAUUAUUUAAACAAUGGUGGAGAAUUAAACGAUAUUUACACAAAAAAACUGAGGACCUGCUUGUCCUUUAAAUCUCGGUAUUACUGAAAAUGUUAAGUGCAAGAGAAUUAUGGACUCAUUAAACCUAGGACUGUAGAACCAUCAUUAGAGGAUGGUUUCUACAUAUUAAUCUUUGGCUGUUUUCUCUUGGCUAGCCGGGUCAAAAUCUUUGUCAGAAACUAGUGUUUAAAACUUUUUUUUGCGACCAAUUUCGUUCACAAAAAUUCUUCAGAAAGAACUUUGACGUCUAGCAUCUUUUCGUCGAUCUUAGACAGUUCGUGGAGGAAACGUCUAAACGAUUCAGGAAAUGCGCCGGAUUAACAUGCCCCCAACCUUAGAAAUUUUUUCUGAAACGGGAGCUUAGGGUAGUCAAUAUUGUGGAUUUCAAAAAAGGUUAGUAAUAUUUGAGGAGCCUGGCUAGGAAAAAAAAACAGAAAAAGUUGAAAUUAUUUUCGUAGCCUCAACACUAUCGAAAACCCCCCCCCCCCCAUGGGCCCCAUUACUACUUCUAGAAAAAAUUACAUUUUUACUGUAACACGAAAGUGUAAAAUUCAAAUUAAAAAAUUAAUGUGGUUUUUGAAACCCUCGUCAUCGAUCACCCUUGCAUUAAGAACAUUACCAUUGCAAAUUGACAAAGAUCUCUUCUAAGAAACAUCACUUUGCAGGUAACAGUAGUGAGCAUCAAGGCGCUGGAAAAUCACUUCCGAACUGAACGUGUCAGACGGGUCAAAUGGAGACAUGUGUCUCUGGAUAAGGUCAGCAUCUACAGAUAUUCUGUGCCUGUGAUCACCACCAAAUUCCGUCUGAGGAUCGUUCACUUCCUCUCCCGAAAUUACAGGUGCUGUAUCCUCUGUGUCUGGUGCUUCGUUAUCUUCUUUAUCAGUGUGGGUAUUGUUCUUACUGUGAUUGUCGGAUCGACUCCCAUUGGACGUCGCUUUAACGAUUCAUCUUCCCAAAAAUCAACUUAUCGACCUCAGAUUAAUGACAAUCGUCUUUUAAAUACAGCCAAGAACGGGGGAAUGCCGGCUCAUGGAUAA